CUUGCUUUUUCUUUUCUUUGGCUUUCCUUUCCUCUUCUUCCUUAACGUCUUGGAUUCGACUCCCCUGGUCAAUGGCCUCGCCGUCGACUCCAUGAAUUCCCUCAAGCCCGACUCGGGCCUGGCUCGCGCCGCCCGCUACGCUGUUCCUUUCGUGCUGUUGCUGGUCCCCAUUUGGAUGACGAAAGUCAACACCGUCGUUCCAGAACCCUAUUUGGACGAAGUUUUCCAUGUUCCCCAGGCCCAGGCAUACUGGUAUCACAAGUGGACGCAUUGGGAUCCUAAGAUCACGACCCCUCCGGGCCUGUACCUGUGGUCCUAUGUCGUCUGUGCCGGUAUCCUGGCCCUCCGCGGCACCCCGACGGAGCUCGACCCCGAAGCUCUGCGCGCGACCAACGUGGCGGCCGGGGCUGUAUUCUUGCCUUUGAGGCUGCAGAACCUGCUGGAUACGUUGCGGAAGCAGCGCAACACUCGCCCCGCGGGGGCAUGGCUGAGCCAUACCGUCUUGAACAUCUGCCUCUUCCCGCCGAUCUUCUUUUUCUCCGGCCUCUACUACACCGAUAUCCUCUCGCUGCUGGUGGUGAUCGAGGCCUACAACUGGGACCUGAAGCGCACGUCGACAAUCACCACUGUUCCCUAUCGACACGUCGUGUUUAUUGUGUUCGCGUUGCUGUCGCUCGUCUUCCGACAGACCAACAUCUUCUGGGUCACGGUUUUCCUGGGAGGAUUGCAGGCGGUACGAACCCUGAAGGAAGACACCAAAAAUACUGGACCAGAGUCGAAGAAUGCGUUGCAUGAUCCUCUGGUGUCCGAGGCUGCAAUUGGAGACUAUUUCCAAACGGCCCUUUCCCUCGGCGUCGCCGUUCUCCGCAAUCUGGGCCGCAUCAUCCUGGCGGCUAUCCCCUAUGUCAUUGUCCUCGCGGUCUUCGGUGGUUUCGUCGUGUGGAAUGAUGGCGUUGCAUUGGGGCACAAAGAGUUCCACUCUGUAGGGGUACAUCUGGCGCAGAUGCUCUAUAUUUGGCCGUAUAUUGCGUUCUUCUCGUGGCCCAUACUCGUUACGCCAAUUCUCAAUCUGCUGCUGCCGCAGUCCUGGUUGCCCAGAUUCUUGAAUUACGGAUUCCCAGAGAAGCAGAGGAAACUGCCUCGGUUCUGGACAGCUCUGGCAGUUAUUCCAGCCAUGCUUGCCGUUGUGCACUUCAACACAAUCGUCCAUCCGUUUACCCUUGCCGACAAUCGCCAUUAUAUGUUCUAUGUCUUUCGCGUACUCCUUGGCAGUCACCCCGCCGCAAGAUAUGCCGCCACUCUCGUCUACUUCAUUUGCGGCUGGGCUGUCAUUUCUGCGUUCGGGUUUGUGCUAUAUCCAGCGGCUCCCCAGUUUAUUCGGGUGCCCGCAUCCUCUUCUACCCAGUCGCCGAAAAAGCAGGGGGCUAGGGAAUCCGGCGCAAAGCCGAAAGCGGAACGCAAAUCGAAGGCUUCUUCUAAGAAACCCACUGCACCUGCACCCCCUCGGGCGCCUCCAAUCAGCCCCGAAGCCUACGCCCAGCUGCAACAACAUAUCAUUCAGCGCCAAAGACAAGAAAACCAGGGGCCGCGAGUGAGCUUUGUUCUCGUCUGGCUGGCAGCGACCACUGUGUCUCUAAUUGUCGCUCCUCUCGUCGAGCCGCGGUACGCUGUUAUUCCGUGGGUUAUGUGGAGGCUACACUUGCCACCGCAGCCUACGCCGCAAGCGUACCGGCAACAGCGCCCUCGUGAUGAGAAGGAGGCUCUUCAUAAGGAUAUCGCAACUAACUUCCCUCUGUUCUUGGAGACGCUGUGGUUCCUGGUCAUCAAUGGGGUGACGGGGUAUGUGUUCCUGUAUAAAGGUUUUGAAUGGCCCCAGGAACCUGGCAAUAUCCAACGUUUCAUGUGGAUAAAACUAUCGUCUCCCGACACCGACAGGGCGGGCAAAACACCAGCAGCCCCUUCGGCGUCGCUCUUGGCAUCUCUGCAUCGACCCAUCAGUCCGCCCUUGCCAUCUUCAUCCUCAUCUCCCUCUCAAUCGUCAAAGCCCAGUGAACCUCUCAAUCCGAAGGCAAUCAAAUCAAAGACACUCUCCUCGCCGUUUCAACUAACAAACAUCCGCGACUUGGCGCCAUCUUCCGCCAAUAAUGUCGACACCAUCCGACUGCGCGAUCUUCUCGGUGAUCCCAUGAUUCGCGAAUGCUGGCAGUUCAACUACUUGUUCGAUGUAGAUUUUUUGAUGAGGCAAUUUGACGAGGAUGUACGGUCUCUCGUGGAUGUCAAGGUCGUGCAUGGUUCGUGGAAGAGGGAGGCGCCGAAUCGCUUGCACAUUGACGAAGCAUGUUCGCGGUAUCCCAAUGUCGAGCCCAUUGUGGCCUAUAUGCCCGAGGCGUUUGGAACGCAUCAUUGCAAGAUGAUGAUAUUAAUGAGACAUGACGAUCUCGCCCAGGUAAUCAUUCACACGGCCAACAUGAUCCCCGGAGACUGGGCAAACAUGUGCCAGGCUGUCUGGCGCUCUCCGCUCCUUCCGUUACAGCAGCAGAAGCAAGGUCCAGCAGAGACAUCAUCGUCGGCCCUGGGUACCGGGUCCCGUUUCAAGCGCGACCUCCUCGCGUAUCUGAGCGAGUACGGGCCGAAGAAGACAGGCCGUCUGGUAGACCAGCUCCGUCGGUAUGAUUUCGGCUCGGUGCGCGCGGCUCUGGUGGCUAGCGUGCCGUCAAAGCAGAAAUUCGGGGGCCUCGAUUCAAGUAGGAAGACGAUCUGGGGAUGGCCGGGGCUUAGGGAUGUGCUUGAUAAUGUGCCCAUACGUCGGGAUGAGAACAAGACACCACAUGUUGUUUGUCAGAUGUCUUCUAUCGCCUCCCUCGGACAAACAGAUAAAUGGUUAAAAGACGUCUUCUUCCGCUCUCUUGCCCAGACAGAACGAAACGGAAAAGAAGGCAAGCGCAGCAGCACACCCAAGUACUCCAUCAUCUUCCCCACUGCCGACGAGAUCCGUCGCUCCCUGAACGGAUACGGCUCCGGCGGGUCCAUCCACAUGAAGAUCCAAAGCGCCGCGCAGCAGAAGCAGUUGCAGUAUAUGCGGCCGUACCUGCGACAUUGGGCCGGAGACGCGGUCACGGACUCAACUGCCACUCGAGAUGCAGGCCGUCGUCGCGCAGCACCACACAUUAAGACCUAUAUCCGGUUCUCUGAUGAAGAGAUGGAUUCCAUCGACUGGGCGAUGCUGACGUCGGCGAACCUGUCAACACAGGCGUGGGGCGCUGGCGUCAAUGCGAACGACGAGGUUCGGAUCUGUAGCUGGGAGAUUGGAGUGGUUGUGUGGCCGGCGUUGUUUGCUGAGGAUGCAGAGGGAGUAGAAGGGUCAGUGAUGGUGCCAUGCUUCAAGACAGAUGUCCCCCGGUGCGAGGAUGGGAAGGAAUCAGUCCGGGUAGGUCUCCGUAUGCCGUACGGUCUGCCGCUUGUGGACUACGGAGUCGACGAGAACCCCUGGUGCGCGACGGCCAGCCACAAUGAACCAGACUGGAUGGGACAAAGGUGGAUAGAUGAUCCUCUGUAGCUUCUGAUCGCUGCAAGAAGCUCCCUCGCUAUCACAACACGCCAUCCAUAGCUACGACAGCUCAAGCCACCUUCCAUAUAGACAAUAGAC